AGAGUCUCUGCCCACCAUGGAGCUCCUGGUGCUGGUGCUGCUGGCCGUGACCUCAGCCACCGGCAUCAAGGAGAUGGCACUGGACAUGGCCCCCAAUGCCUUCGAUGACCAGUACCAGGACUGCAGCGACGAACUGGUGGAGGAGCUGCUGGCACUCAACCGCUCCGAGCUUGGCCCCAACAGCAAUUACUCCAAGGCCUGGGAUGAUGCCACCGUCAAAUGGCACAGCCACCCAUCCCUGGGGUCUCUGCGUUGGAAGGAAGAGGCCAUUGCCCUCCUGGCAUACACAUUGGAGACAGAUUUGUACAAGGAGUUCAACAGGGCUGUGCCUCUGGCCGGGCAGUCCCGCCAGGAAUAUCUGGACAAAUUUCACUUCAAGGUGGUGCAUUUCCUGCUGACCGAGGCCCUGGAUGACCUGCGGGAUGCCCAGACCCACCCCCGCUGCCUCCACGUGUACCGGGGGGUCCGAGGGAUCCGGUUCACUGCCCAGCCCGGCGACAUCGUCCGCUUUGGCCAGUUCACCUCUGCCUCCCUGAGCAAAGAGGUUGCCAAGAGUUUCGGCACCGACACCUUCUUCGAGCUGGACACCUGCCAUGGUGCCGCCAUCCGGGACUUCUCCUUCAUGCCCUGGGAGGACGAAGUCCUCAUCCCGCCCUUCGAGACCUUUAAUGUCACCAGUGUCACCCACCAAGGGGACAAAACCCACAUCCAGCUCCGCCCCCACGGCGUGUACAGCAAAUACAACUGCGCGUGGCUCCGAGGUGACAUCCCUGGGGUGGGGACACCUGAGGUCGGGUGUGUGGACAGGGCGGGGGUGGCACCAGGGCACCAGCUCUGCUGGGAGAGGGAGGUCUGUAGUGAGGCAGCAGAUGGGGUGGCAGAGCUUUGUGUGUGGCACUGGACGGCUCCAGCUGCUCUCCUGGCAUGGGAUGGGAUAGGAAGGGAUGGGAUGGGAUAACACAACAUGGCAUGGUGUGACACGGCGUAGGACAGCUGGAUCUGGCCUGGCACAGGCUCGUUGGACACCCCACAACUCCACUGACCUCCCCUCGGAUUCUGCCCACCCUGGGUCCCCCUUUCCCCUGC